GCUUAAAGCGCUUUGUUUUUAAUAUGUAAACAACUUUUUAAACUUUGUUUUGUGAAAAUGGAAAAAUAAUCGAAGAAAAGGAAAAUUAAGAAAAACUUUGAGUUUGAGCCAUUUAAAAAUGGUUUUGAUGAAUAAAAGUAGUGCCAUAAGAGUUUUCCUAUAUGAAAAAGUAGGGAUUUCAGGAGGUUUUGUCUUAGCAUUUGUGAUUUUAGUGUUUUUCUUAAAUUUUCAAAUAAAACAUACAGAAAUAUUAAAUUUAAAUAAUUAUCGUAAUGUAAGAUUCAACAAGGAUGAUGAAUUGUCUCGUAUGAGGAACCCAAACUGCUCAUUCUUUGACUGUUUCAAUGUUUAUCGGUGUGGAAAUCAUGAAAAUAAAAUAAGCAUUUAUAUUUAUCCACUAAUCGAAUAUACAGACUCAGAUAAGCAGUCCAAGACAUUCAUCACGAAGGAGUUCUAUCAAAUACUCAAGACUAUUCAAAAUAGUCCAUUUUACACGACAAAUCCACAAGAAGCGUGUCUUUUUGUACCCAGCAUAGAUUUGUUAAAUCAAAAUUUAAUUGAUAAGAAUUUAGUUUCUAAGGCACUAGCUUCACUUCCAUUCUGGGACAAUGGGAGGAACCACAUUUUGUUUAAUAUGCUUGCAGGCGAAGCACCAGAUUAUUCAACAGUAUUCGAUGUCAAAUCAGCCGAUUCGAUCAUUGUAGGAGCAGGCUUCAAUACUCAAACAUAUCGGUUUGGCUUUGAUUUUUCGAUUCCAAUUUACAGUCCAUUAUUAGAGAAAUAUGAAAGGAAAUAUGAAAAUCAGGAACAAAAGACUUACUUCCUGAUUUCACCUCAACUUAACAUGUAUGAUUAUCAUCGAAGAUUAAUGCAGGAAAUAGUCUUGGAAGACUCGAACAAUAACAUAUUAUUGCUACAGAAAUGUACACAGGAAAUAUUUGAAGAUAAAAUCUCAUCCAUGCCGGAACUAAUUGACAGUGACAUAAGAUGCUCAUUUCCAGCGUUGAGUCCAAUAGAAUAUCCUGAAAUAUUAGAGCAUGGAACUUUCUGUUUGGUUAUUAGAGGAGUUCGAUUAUCACAACCGUCAUUAAUUGAAUCUUUAGCAACUGGUUGUAUUCCUGUAAUUGUGGCUGAUAAUAUCAUCUUACCGUUUCAAGAAGUAAUUGAUUGGACACUAGCUUCAAUUUCUAUUCGAGAGGGUGAUUUUCAUUCAAUCACUACCAUCCUUAAAGCUGUUUCACAGACUCGAAUAAAGGAAAUGCAGAGGCAAGGAAGUUUCUUGUAUGAAAAGUACUUUAAAGAUAUCGAGACAAUUGUUUUGUCCAUGCUAGAAGAGCUUAAUGACCGUGCAUUUCCACAUCUCUCAUUACCUUAUAAUUCAUGGAAUUUACCACACUUACCAAAUGCUGCACAAAAUCCACUUUUUUUACCUUUAAUGGGAUCAAAAUCUCAAGGAUUCACUGCAGUCAUUUUAACAUAUGACCGUGUAGAAAGCUUAUUUACGCUUAUUCAAAAAUUGUCACUCGUACCAUCCUUACAAAAGAUUUUAGUAAUUUGGAAUAAUCAGAAGAAACAACCGCCAAACAUUUCAUCGUUUCCAAAAAUCACUAAACCACUGAAACUCAUCCAAACAAAAGCAAAUAAGCUUUCAAAUCGCUUCUAUCCAUAUCCUGAAAUCGAGACUGAAGCUGUUUUAACAAUUGACGACGAUAUUACAAUGCUGACUGCUGAUGAGCUAGAUUUCGGUUUCGAAGUAUGGAGAGAAUUUCCAGAUCGAAUUGUUGGAUUUCCAUCUCGUACACAUGUUUUUGAAAAUAAUGAAUACAAGUAUGAAUCAGAAUGGACAAAUGAGAUUUCAAUGGUUUUGACGGGUGUUGCUUUUCAUCAUAAAUAUUGGAACUACUUAUACACAACGUCUAUGCCUGGAAACAUAAAAGAAUAUGUUGAUGCUCACAUGAAUUGUGAAGAUAUUGCAAUGAACUUUUUAGUCUCAAACAGUACAGGAAAAGGACCAAUUAAAGUUACACCUAGAAAAAAAUUCAAGUGUCAUUCGCGACAAUGUACAAAUGCGGAAAUGCUGUCGGCAGACACAAACCAUAUGAUUGAAAGAAGUGAAUGUAUUAAUCUGUUUACAAAAAUCUAUGGAACAAUGCCGUUGAAGACUGUCGAGUAUCGUGCUGAUCCAGUCCUCUUCCGUGAUAAUUUCCCAGAGAAAUUGAAAAGAUUCAAUGAUGUUGGUAGCUUAUAAGGCAUGACAAAUGUGUAGAAAUAAUUAUAAGUAAUAAAUGUGACUCAAUUAA